AGUUACCCAUGCGACUUGGAGGCGCACCGGCUCCAUAAACCAGAAACAUCGCACUAUGGCCUCUCUCUGAGCCGCCUGACGCGACACUUGUGUACAUACCUGACCGGCAAUCCGUCACCAUCGACGCCUUGAUAAUGGACCCCCGGUCCAGAGGCUUUUUUCGGGGCCAUCGGAGUUGUCAAUAGUACUCCCAAAGUACUAUAUUACUUGAUUUUGAGCGCUGUCACUUGUGCUCGCCGGGGAUUUAAACCGAGGUGACAGCAGCAGCACUCGCCCCAUCUGCCGGUUAGCUAACUGCUAACUAUCUCGCUAAGUCAAUAGCCAAGAAGGGCAUCACUUUUCUUUUGGAGUAAAGGACAAGGAAAAUACAAUACCUACUGCUUUCAUAAACAGACGACUGACCAGAGGCUGAUUCCCCCCGAGUUCCCAUCUUAACAACACAUUCACAGUUGAUUCCUGAAAGGCUGGCUACACAACGCCACCCUAAUGCAGAACCAUAAAAGAACGUGAAAUGAACAAACCACCACAGCCUAUAACGGGACCCACCUCUGUCCCAAACCCAGCCCCUUCCCCAGGAUUGACACCGGCCGCCUACGGACCUGGACAGCCCCCUUCUCUUGUUUUUGCAACACCUCCACCUCCACAAAUGAACUCCGCACCACAGCCCAGACAGUUUGCUGCAGGGCCCCGUACUUUACACCAACAGGGUGGAUACAGAGCAUUACAGGGUUACUAUCAGAACCGACCGGCUAUGGCCGCCAGUGCUCCCAGAGUCCAGACAAGUAGUGGGCCUCGACCUGUUGGACCCGCUCAUGUCUACCCACCCAGCUCCCAGAUGAUGAUGAUUUCCCAGCAGCAGCUUUCUUUUGCUGGCUCCCCUCAGGGCUACUUCAUCCCCCCUGGACAGUACCGGGCCCCAUAUAUGCCACCUACUCAGCAGUAUCCUGUGACCAGCGGUACAGCAGGCUUCUAUCCGGGAACUAGCCCUGCUGAAUACUCUGCCUAUGCGGGAGCAUACUAUCCAGCUCAGCCGCAGUACUCUCCAUCUGUCCAGCCUGCACCGGUCAUGAUCAACCCCGCCCAGCAACAGCAACAAGCUCCGCCUCCUCAGCAACCACCGGCACAGUCACAAGGCCCACCAAAGAGGGAACGCAAACCGAUCAGAAUACGAGACCCCAACCAGGGCGGGCGUGAUAUCACAGAGGAGAUCAUGUCAGGUGGAAGGUCCACCUCCACACCGACUCCCCCACAGGCCUCCACAGCAGAUGUAAGUCCUGCACAGACCAAUGGUGAAGUUAUACAGCCUGUCACUACAGUGACAAGAAGAGAUGAAAAUGCGGAGCCUCCUGCUAGCGCUGAAACCCCACCUCCUCCUGCCACAGCAAACCCAGAGCCUGUGGUCGAGGCCAAACAGGAAACGGACAGCCAGACAGCACCGCCCACUGAAUUAGCCGCACAAUCUGCAGCCCCUACACAGGCUUCCGAGGUGCCAACCCCAUCGAUAAAGGACCAGCAGACUCCCGCUCCCCUCCCUCCAGCAGCAACACCUACUCCUCCCCCUGCUGAGGCAGUAAAUAAAGUCGAUACUAAAGUUAGUGACACAGUAGAUGCUCCUGUAGGUCCUUCAGCAUCACCGGCAGCGCAAGAGGUCCCUGUCAAAACAGAGGAACCACAGGCCGCCCCUGCUCCAGCUGAGAAGGCACCCGAAAAGGAAGAAAAGAAAACCGAGGAAGUGGAGAAAUUAGAGAAAGAAGAGCAGGUGACCAGCACUAAGGUAGAGCCUGCAACUGAGGUUGCAGCAACAGUUACCCCUGUUGAUGUGGCAAAAGAAGAAACACCUACAAAGACAGCAACUGAAGUGUCUCAGCCUCCACCCUCUGCACAGGAACCAGCUGCUCCAGUGACUCAGACUGCUGCCCCCAGCUCUGCCCCCGAACCUGAACCCACACCAGCUGAAACAGCAGAACCGCUUCUCCCCAACGGCCUUCCUCAGGACACUGAGGAAGUGCCUGAGGCAUUUUCAGACACUACACCCCUAGACAAGCCCGACGCUUCUCAAUCUCAGGAAUCCACACCUGUGGCUAAAACGGCAACGCCAGCCCAGGAGCAGGAACAGGAGCAGGAGCAGGAGCAGGAACAGGAGCAGGAGCAGGAACAGGAGCAAGAGCAGGAGCAGGAGCAGGAGCAGCAGCAGGAGGAGGAGAAGAAAGAGGAAGAGGGGAAGGAGAAAAGUGAGGAUGCCCCUCCUGUUAGCUGUCCUACAGAGGAAUCUACUAUGCAAGCUGCUACAUCUGUGCCAAAGAAGAGGAGGAACAUGAAGGAACUAAACAAGAAGGAGGCCAUUGGAGACCUCCUGGAUGCCUUCAAAGAGGAUGCCAAGCCUGCUUCUGAACCCUCGUCCACUCAGGCCGACCCUGUCCCUGUUGCUCCAGCUGAACCUCCCGCUGAGGUCGCAGAUGAGACCUGGGAGGAGAAAGAGGACAAGCAGAACACAGAACCUAGACCUUCACCUGAGGCAAAAGAGCAGAAAUACCAGUACAAAGAAGAACAAUGGAAGCCAAUAGACCCAGAAGAGAAGAAGCGGUACGACAGGGAGUUCCUGUUGGGCUUCCAGUUUAUCGGCGCCAGUAUGAACAAACCCGAGGGCCUGCCCAUCAUCAGUGACGUGGUUUUGGACAAGGUGAACAAGACUCCCCUGCGGCCUCCUGACCCAGCUCGAAUGAUGAGUUCUGGCCCUGAUUUUACUCCUUCAUAUUUGGGCAACCUCGGGAGCCGAUCAGUGGGCGGACCACGAGGACCACCACCCGGACCACGUCGCUCCCAGCAGGGUCAGCGGAAAGAACCCAGGAAAAUCAUCAGCAGCAUGUCCCUCAACGAUGACGUGCAGCUCAACAAGGCCGAGAAGGCCUGGAAACCGUCUAUGAAGAAGAGCGCUCGCACCCGCCCCGGGGAGGAAGUGGAGGAAGACGUCGGCUCUGACCAGGCCAAGACUCAAGACCUGUUCAAGCGUCUGCGCAGUAUCCUCAACAAGCUGACACCUCAGAAGUUUCAGGAGCUGAUGAAACAGGUGACAGAGCUGGCGAUAGACACCGAGGAGAGGCUGAAGGGAGCCAUCGACCUCAUCUUCGAGAAGGCCAUCUCAGAGCCCAACUUCUCUGUGGCCUACGCCAACAUGUGCCGCUGCCUUAUGGGGUUGAAAGUCCCCACCUCAGACAAGCCAGGAGUCUUUGUGAACUUCCGCAAACUGCUUCUCAACCGCUGCCAGAAAGAGUUUGAGAAGGAUCAGGAUGAUGAUGAGAUCUUUGAGAAAAAGCAAAAAGAGCUGGAGGCUUCUAAAGAGGGAGAGGAGCGUGAGCGCUUGAGGGUGGAGCUGGAAGAGGCCAAAGAUCAGGCCCGGCGCCGUUCACUGGGUAACAUUAAGUUCAUCGGUGAACUCUUCAAGCUGAAGAUGCUGACGGAGGCCAUCAUGCAUGACUGUGUAGUGAAACUACUGAAGAAUCACGACGAAGAGUCUCUGGAGUGUCUCUGCAGGCUGCUCUCCACAAUUGGCAAGGACCUGGACUUUGAGAAGGCCAAGCCUCGUAUGGAUCAGUAUUUUAACCAGAUGGACAAGAUCAUCAAAGAGAGAAAGACGUCAUCCAGAAUCCGCUUCAUGUUGCAAGACGUGUUGGACCUCAGAAGGAGUAACUGGGUGCCUCGUAGAGGAGACCAGGGUCCUAAAACAAUUGACCAGAUCCACAAAGAGGCAGAAAUGGAGGAGCACAGGGAACAGAUCAAGGUCCAGCAGCAGCUCAUGUCCAAGAAAGACGGAGGAGGAGGUGGAGGAGGCGGCGGCAGGAUGGGAGGGAGCAUGGGGGGCCGAGGUCCUCACACACCAGGAGGCGGCCGGAACAGCCAGCCCCAAGAUGAGGGGUGGAACACGGUGCCCAUCUCCAAGAAUAGACCCAUCGACACCACCCGCCUCAGCAAGAUCACAAAGCCUGGUGCUCUGGACUUCAACAAUCAACUGUUGGCUCCAGGGGGCAAAGGCAUGUGGGGUAGCUGGGGUAAAGGCAGCAGUGGAGGAACAGGAGCUAAACCAGCAAGUGGAGACCAGGAUUCAGGUCGUCCAGCCACCAGCACCCUCAACCGCUUCUCAGCCCUGCAGCAGUCUGGUUCGUUGUUGACUUCAGGCGACUCUGAUCGCAGAGUUCCUCAGAGGUCAAGCUCCAGCCGUGAGCGCGGAGGCGACAGAGACAGGAGCGAUCGUGACAGGGACCGGUUUGACCGAUUCGAUCGCAGCGAGGGACGAGAAGGUCGCGACGACAGGAGCAGCCGGAACCAAAUCACUAAGAGGAGCUUCAGCAGAGAGUCUGAGGAGCGCGGUGGGAGGGCCGGAGACAGCAGGGCCACGAAUGAGCCUGUGCGUCGUGUGGCCAGCAUGACCGACGACCGGGACAGAGGAAGCAGAGAUCGGGGAAGCAGAGACCGAGGAAGUAGAGACAGGGGCAGCAGAGACAGGGGAAGCCGUGACAGAGGUCCAAGCAAAGAUCUCACAGCAGUUAAACGUGAGAGCGCCCCCACUCCUCCUCCCUCUGUUCCUAAAUCUGGCAUGACUGAAGAGGAGGUGGAGAAGAAGUCCAGCGCCAUCAUUGAGGAAUACCUCCACAUCAAUGACUUGAAGGAGGCGUUGCAGUGUGUGGCAGAGCUCAACAGCACCUCACUGCUCUACGUGUUUGUACGGAACGGCGUGGAGUCAACGCUUGAGCGCAGCACCAUUGCUAGAGAGCACAUGGGCCUGUUGCUGCACCAGCUCAUAAAGGCAGGGACAUUGCCCGCAGAGCAGUACUACAAAGGGCUACAAGAGAUCCUGGAGGUAGCAGAAGACAUGGCCAUAGAUAUACCUCACAUCUGGCUCUACCUGGCUGAACUCAUUACCCCCAUGCUGCAUGAGGGAGGCAUCCCUAUGGGACAGCUCUUCAGGGUGAUUUCGAAGCCUCUGGUGCCUCUGGAGAAGGCUGGUGUGCUGCUGGUACAGAUCCUCAAGUUGCUCUGCAAAGGAAUGACUCCUAAGAAGGUUGGGGCCAUGUGGACAGAAGCUGGGCUGAACUGGAGCGAGUUCUUGACCAAGAACGAAGACGUCAACAAGUUUGUCACUGAUCAGAAAGUGGAGUUCACGACAGGAGAGGAGACAGAGUCAAAGGAACCCGGUAAGAAGGUCCUCAGUGGAGAGGAGCUCAGCAAACAGCUGGACAGAUUCCUUCACGACAAGGCCAACAACCAGCGUAUCAGAGACUGGGUUGAGGCAAACAUGGAUGAACAGCAGACUGCUUCCAACCAGUUUGUACGAGCAUUGAUGACAUCAGUGUGUCAGUCUGCCAUCAUAUGUGACACCCCGUACAGGGUGGACGCACGGCAGAUCAACCAGAGAGCCAGUCUGCUGCAGAGAUACCUGUGUGAUGAGCAGAAAGAGCUUCAGGCCCUUUACGCCCUCCAGGCUCUGAUGGUCCACAUGGAGCAGCCAGCAAACCUGCUGCGGAUGUUCUUCGACGCCUUGUACGACGAGGACGUUAUUAAAGAGGAGGCCUUUUACAAAUGGGAAUCCAGCAAAGACCCUGCAGAGCAAACAGGCAAAGGCGUGGCUUUGAAAUCGGUCACCGCCUUCUUCACCUGGCUCCGCGAGGCGGAGGAGGAGUCUGACAAGGAAUAAAAAAAAGACUGAACUUUAAAAAAGCUGCCGCCCCCCUUUGGCAAGACGGGGGCUUUGCAGGUGGCUUUUGGAGAGUCAUGGACAAUAUUGCCAGAGAAGCAGACUCAAAAAUCAAUCCUCAGUGAGGAUAAAUCUUUAUUAUUUUUCUUUCUUUGAGGGAUGGACUCAGAAAACAAUCAUUUCUCUCUACCUUCCCUCUCUUGCUUCCUCAUUAUUUCCCCACCUGCUUGUCACAGCAAGUGUCCUCAUCAAAAAUAAACUUGAAAACUGA